AUGGAGAACAACCUGGUUUACGUUCCGGCCCAGCGUCCCGAGUACAUAUCGGAUAUCCUGAGCUCGUUGAAAAGAUAUGAUACUUCGAUAAUAAGGGACUUGCAGAGAUAUUUGGCGCAGCAGUUUGACGAAUCGUUCCAGGAUUUGAACAGCAAUCUUGCUCUGUUGAAGCUCUACGAGAUUUCUGGCUCGGAUAGACAAGAUGAUGAAGAUGAUGAAGACGAUGAUGAUGACGAGGAGGAGGAAAACGAGUCGUAUUCUAUCAAGGCGUUGAUCAAGGGGCUUGUGAACUUCAGCCACAACGAUUUUGAGCUUUACCUGAACUUGUUGCCUUCUUACGUGAUAAUAAACGACCAGGCUCCCUUCAUCGACUCGUUCAACCAGCAGACGCAGAAGCUGGUCUCUGUCUAUAAGCUGUUGACUCUCGGCAAGUUCGGCAAAUUCUGGAAUGAGUUUGAGAACGAUGCCGAGCUAGCUAAGAUCCUGAAGACCCACGCAAACCCAGAGAGUCUGAAGUUGGAGUUCCAGAAGUCCAUUGGUACUUUGAUUGGGAUCUCCAAUAAGUCCAUCAAACGUGAUUUUCUGCAGAGGGUGUUGAACUUCAAAGAUGCGGCUGCACUCGAGGCAUAUGUUAGUGCCAACUUCAGCUGGAAAUUGGAGGGAGACAAGUACGUCGUUGGAAAUGAAGAUGAUAACAGUUUCGUCAGCAUCAGCACCGAGAACGUGAAGCUGGAGCAGCUGACGAGGUUGAUUAAGAGGACGAUUGAAGCUUGA